AUGAAUUUUAUUGAUUCAGAAGAAUACGAUAUACCUAUGGAAUGUGAUGAUCUUUUGUUCCAAUCCAACAUUUUUAAUAAUCUUCCUACACCAGAACAUAGCAAAUCAACUGAAGAUUUGGAAUAAAAGUUCAAGGAGGAAAGGAAAUAAAGGAUACUCAAAAAAAGAAUCGAAAAAAAAUAAAAAAUGAAGGCUGAAGCCAUUUAAACGAUGUCCAAAGAAGAAUUAAGAAAAUUAAGAAACAGAAAUUCUGCUCAGUUGUCAAGAGAUAAGAAAAAAAUCGUAUUUGACAAUCUAGUUCAAGAAAACAAGAAUUACUCUAUACUUUUAAAGAAGAAAGAUGAAUAAAUUGAAUCAUUACAAAUAGAAAACAAUCAUUUAAGAUUAAGAGUCCGAUAUUUAGAAGAAAACAAUUAACCCAUUAAUAGUACUCAGAGUGUACAAGGAGAAGAAGAAAUAGAGUAAAUAUCUAGAGCAAAUGUAAUAACAAAAUCAAAGAUGAUGAACUAUGGAUUACUUUCUCUUUUAGCUAUAACUUGUAUAUUGUCAAUAAUAAAUAAUGAUUAUCAAUACAACCCAAAACCUAUUGCUUUAUCAUAACUCUCAAAUUAGAGGUAUGAUUUUUUAGCUCCAAAAUACUCCUAAAGAAAUCAAACUGCAUUAUUUAGUGAUGAAUCCAAUUUUGUUAUUCCUGCUCAUACCUUUUAAAAUUAAACUCUAUUUUAUAAUUGCACCGGCAAAGACAAGGAGUGCUAAAACUUUUUAAAUAUCGUCAAAGCAGAAAAUGCUGAUAAUAUAUAUUUUGUAAAUGAUGAAACGGAUCAUGUGCCAGCUAGUCGAGAUCACAACUUUGAAAUGGGAGAAGAUGUUUAUCUAAUGAAAAUAAAACAGGAUGAUGAGGAUAACUUUGUAAUUUUUCGUGCAAGAUGUUAAAUAACAGAAAAUAACUCUCUAGCACUACAAAGAAAUACAUACGAAGCUUAUAACAACAGCCAUUAGUAUUGA